AUGGGUAAAGGCGGUCGCAUCUUCUGCAUAUUCACCCCAUAUGCUCUCACCAUCGCCUCGUUGGUGUGUAUCAUCAUGGUUGGUCUGGGAUGCACGAAUUCCGGUUCCAACACGCUGAAUGAUCUCUAUUUCUUCCGAGCCAACUUGGAAAAUAUGACGACAUCGGCCACGACAGACUCCAAGGUCUCCGACGCUCUUGAAAAGGCGCACUUGAAGGUGAACGACGGCGACAUCAAGUCCGCCCUGGAACAGGUCCAGAAGCAGUUCGGCAUCUCCGACUUCUACACCGUCGGUCUCUGGGGAUACUGCGACGGCAACGUCACCGACAGCAACGCAUACAAGGUCGAGGAGUGCUCCAAGCCCAAGGCCCAGUUCUACUUCAACCCGCUUGAGGUCUGGAACUUGGAAGAAUCCGGUCUCGAGAACGCCCUGCCCGACAGCAUCAGCAAGGCCCUGAACAUCUACAAGAACGUCUCCAAGUGGAUGUUCAUCGCCUACAUUAUCGCUUUCAUCGCUACCGUCGUUGAAUUGGUUGUCGGAGUCUUUGCCAUCUGCAGUCGCUGGGGAAGCUGCGUGACCACCCUGGUCUCUGGUGUUGCUUUCCUUUUCACUGCCGCCGCUUCGGUUACUGCGACCGCGAUGUUUGCGACCGUGACCGGCACGUUCAACGAGAACCUCAAGGAAUACGGCAUCAAGGGCAACAUGGGCAAGAACAUCUACGUGGCCACCUGGUUGGCCGUCGCUUUCUCCCUGGGAGCUGGCUUGUUCUGGAUGAUCAGCUCGUGCUGCUGCUCCGGCAAGUCGCCUUACAACCACAAGGACAAGGGCGCCCGUGGCGUGACUGCCGAGAAGGCCCCCUACACCUACGAGCCCCUUGGCCCCUACGGAACGCCCGCCCCUUAUGGCAACACCUCCUAUCCUUCCGCUGGUGGCAACCACGUCCCCGUGCAGACGAGGACCAACGCCUACGAGCCUUUCCGUCAUGUUUAA